AUUUAAUCAAAAUAUUCCUCUAAUUGUCAAUUAUUUCUAAUCUUUCCACUCCGACCCUCUAUGUCUUGCUACGUCAAAUCGUCAAUACAAAGAAACCGAGAGAUAACUCGAGCGGACUUGUCAUCUUGUCAAAAGUUGAAUUGAUUGAUACACAAAUGAGAUUAUAUAGGAUAAUGUAAUUAUAAAACAGUCUAUGAGAAAUGAUUUUAAUACACUACAUCUGAAUUGAUCAUCUAAUACAAAAAUACUUAAGUAUAAUAUCGUAAAUAAUAGAAAUAACCAUGUCCGGUUUUGAUGAAAACCCUUUUGGGCCGCCCACUAUCGAUAACCCAUUUGCGGACCCUGCUGUUCAACAAGUAGCCAGUAACACUAGUAAUGUCCAGAAAGGUUUGGAAGAUUAUAAUCCUUUUGCUGAUCAACCAACACCAGUAGUGAAUAGAGGAGGAGAGCCAGCAAUAAUGCAACCGUCCAACCAGCCCCAAGCCGCCCCAGCCUACACUAGAAGUGCACAACAAUCGACAGUCAAUAUGGAACCUUCACAAAUUACAACAGCAGAAUUCCAAAGAAGACAAGAAGAGUUAGAACGCAAAGCGGAAGAACUGAACCGCAGGGAAGAAGAAUUAAGAAACGGUACUGCUAAUAUUAGAAGAAACAAUUGGCCACCUUUGCCGGACAAAUGCUGUUUCCAACCCUGUUUCUAUCAAGACAUCAACGUAGACAUACCUUCCGAAUUCCAAAAAAUCGUACGGCACCUUUAUUAUUUAUGGAUGUUUCAUACGUUAGUGAUGGCAACUAAUCUUCUGGGUGGAAUCGCACUAUUGUUUCACAAUGGAGAUUUUACCACCUUCGGCCUUGGACUGCUGUAUUUAUUAAUGUUUACGCCAUUUUCAUUUCUUUGCUGGUUCAGACCAGCCUACAAAGCCUUCAGGAGCGAUUCCAGUUUCAACUUCAUGGUUUUUUUCUUCGUGUUCUUCUUCCAACUUAUUGUUACUGUAAUUCAGUCUAUCGGAAUUUCAGGAACAGGCACAUGUGGUUUAGCAGUGGCGUUAAAAUGUUUCGAUGGGACAGCAUCGGGCAUUGUUGUGGGAGUUUUCCUAUUGAUGAUUGCGAUAGGAUUCGGAACGGCGGCGGCUGGAGACUUAUUUCUUUUAUCUAAGAUUCACAAAAUCUACCGAAGCAGUGGAGCAAGUUUUGCAAAGGCCCAACAAGAGUUCACGACCGAAUUCAUGCGCAAUCAACACGUUCAAGGCGCAGCAAGCAACGCAGCAGCCGCAGCAAUCAACGCUCAACUUAACUCUAACCGUUACUGAACAAUUUUAACUAAUUAAAUAAUAUUAAAAGCUACUAUGAAGUAUGAAUUUUGUAAAUCUAAUAUGAUGUUUGUAUGUUAGAUGUGUAAGGAGAUCACUUGGGGGAUAGAAGA